AUGCAGGUUUGUGAACCAGACUACUUGUAUACUAAGAGAACUAGCAAUUACUUUUUGGUGCAGCUUCCGAGCCCGCAGUGCUGCUUUGAUAUUGUUUGUGAGUGUCUCAGUGUAUUUAGAUCUAUUUUGUUACAGUCAGGGGAUAUUGAAAUGAACCCUGGUCCUGGUACUGAUGCUGUGCUUGCCGAACUGAAAAAACUGUCCGCUGGCCAAACCACAAUAAUUGCCGACAUGCAGGGCCUUAAAAGCCAAUGUACGGCUACAAGUGCUGCACUCGUUGACUUAAGCAAGAGGUUAGCGGAUCUAGAGGGCCAUUAUCAGAAACUACUACCAUUGCAAAUCGAGAUACAGACCAUAAGGACAGAUACUGAGCAAACAGCAAAGCUUGUUCACACUCUGAAUGCCCGCGUUGACGAUGCAGAGAAUCGCUCAAGGCGAAACAAUCUUGUGUUUUAUGGCCUUCCUGAUACAGCAGCAUCAGAAACGUCGGCCGCGUCUGAAGAAAAAAUUUUACGUCUAUGCUCAGACCACCUGAACGUGCCACUUGAACCUCAAGACAUAGAGCGAGCGCAUCGUGUUGGUCGUCAUUCUGCUAAUCACCCGCGCCCACUAAUUGUUAGGUUUAAUCAUUACAAGAAAAAAGAAAUGGUGCUCUCAAAUGGGCGCAAACUUAAGGGCACUCAUCUCAGCAUGGGUGAGGAUUUUUCCCCGGCAGUUAGGGACGCCCGCAGGAAACUUGUUUCGUUUGCGAAAGCAAAAUCUGUGCCAUUUUCUUUGCGCUUUAAAACUCUUUUCAUUGGUUCUAAGCGCUACGUAUACGAUGACACAUCGCAAACAGUGAAAGAAAUAUAGCAGUCAUCGCAUCAUCAAAAAACAAGC